GGUGAACGAAGCAACAGUGGAGAGAUUUAUAGUAAUAAAAUUUCGGCAUCAAGAAUUGAGUGUCGCUCUCAUUUCUCACAGACAGAGAGAGAGAGAGGGACAGAAUGGACGGUGACGAUGUGGACAUGGCCGCUGUGGAGACCGCUGAAGCAGUACCAGAACUUGAUGAUAUGAAGAAGAGAUUAAAGGAGAUGGAAGAUGAAGCUGCUGCUCUUCGUGAGAUGCAGGCUAAGGUUGAGAAGGAAAUGGGUUCUGUUCAAGAUCCUAGUGCUUCUGCUACUGCAUCUCAAGGAAAUAAAGAGGAAGUAGAUUCUCGAUCAGUGUUUGUUGGUAAUGUGGACUAUGCGUGCACCCCUGAAGAAGUGCAGCAGCAUUUUCAGGCAUGUGGGACAGUAAAUAGGGUCACUAUCCGUUCUGACAAGUAUGGCCAACCAAAGGGUUAUGCAUAUGUCGAAUUUGUUGAGCCAGAGGCUGUGCAGGAUGCUCUCCUUUUAAAUGAAUCUGAAUUACAUGGCCGCCAGUUGAAGGUAACUGCUAAGCGGACCAAUGUACCUGGGAUGAAGCAGUUUCGCGCUCGUCGACCCAGCCCGUACAUGGGGUUUCCACCCAGGGCUGCAAUUAUGCCUCCUUAUCUCUUCUCUCCUUAUGGAUAUGGGAAGGUAAUGAGAUAUAGAAUGCCAAUGCGUUACAGCCCCUAUGGCUAAAGUAUGAUCUUGCUUGAGACAGCAUUGCCAGCAGAUAGAUACAUCCGACAAAAUUUGUGCUCUUUUCUUCUCACAUAUUUUAAUGUUUGGGUGGGAUGAACAGAAGACGUUUCCCUGCAUGGGUUGAAAUGGUGUAAUGUGAAAAUGGAGCUUUGUUUUGAUCAUGGUAGACAAUUACAUUAUUCUUGCUUGCGUUUUGGGUGUACUGCCUAUAAAUAUUCUAUCUUGAAAGCUUCCUCUGGUUGCAAUAUUGUAGGUUUUGUUAGGUCCGUUCGCUGCUUCUGUCUUUUCUUUAAAUGAAGCCUCCAUUUUUCUGUGA